UAGAAUAGCCUGGUUCACGGUCCAGUUCUUCCCUGCCGUUUGCUAACCACAUGGCCUAGGAAUGUUCUCAGCUGUCCGGAUGAAUUAUAACCAACACUGAGAGAGAGUGUCCUGUGUGCCAGGUCCUAUUCCAAAGAGCAUGCUUAUCUCCUUUAAUCCCCACCACACUAUUCUUGCUCCUGUUUUACAAAUGAGGCUCGGAGGGAUAUGGUGAUUUUCCCAAGUCACACCAUAUGUAGCAGAGCCAGGAUGCAAACCUUCUCCUACCGUGCCUCUAACAGCUAUGGAAUACAGCACUUUCAUCCUGAAGAGAAACCACAUACUUGCUUUGCAAACAGGACAUCGGGGCCAGUCUCCAAAUUCCCCCUCAAAUUUCCUCUAGGCAAGAGUUCUGGAGCCACCACUGCACUCCAGCCGACCUUGGCUUCUGAGCUUUGGAUUCUGGGCGGUAAUGGUCACGGUCCCAGUGUCCUGGAAAAGCUUGCCCUUGGCUUCUGGCCCUGACUCUGCCUCCCACUGACUAGUGGACGUCACUCCCCCUUUCUGGGCCUGGCAACACCAUCCUGUUCAAUGAGGCUUCGGCUGGAUCAGAGGCCCCCAGGCCCGGAACCUUCCAGGGCUGGGCUCAGCUCCCUACCCCAUCCCCCAAGUAUGCCAGGAGGCCUGGGCGGGACCUGCUUGGGGUUAAAUACUCCAGCCCAGCACUCCCCAGGCUGCUAGUCCCAGUCUUCGCAGCAGGAAGUUUGACUAAGAUCAAUCAUGACGACUUACAGUGACAAAGGGGCAAAGCCUGAGAGAGGCCGAUUCCUCCACUUCCACUCUGUGACCUUCUGGGUUGGCAAUGCCAAGCAGGUAGAAGCCGGGGCAAGGUACUGGAGUGAGCAGAGAGGAGGGCAGAGGGCCACGUGACAAGGGCAGGCCUCCAGCAGGUCUGUGAUUGGCCCUUGGGAGGGAGGAUCAGGCCAGGGUUGGGCCAGAUGCUCUGAAUCCUAAUUACACCAGCUCGAAAGUUAUCUGUCAGCAAAAUGUGCAGGCAGCAGUCUUUCUUCCCAGGAGGGUCUCUGCACCUGAGGCAACAGGGCCAGCAGGCUGAGGGGGGCCAGGGGCUCUCUUCCGGAAGUCCCCCAGGCUGGCCCCUUGACCCUCAUGAACCCUGCUGCAACCCUGUGAUUCAGGCCGUGUCAUUCUACUGCAGCAAGAUGGGCUUUGAACCUCUAGCCUACAGGGGCCUGGAGACCGGUUCCCGGGAGGUGGUCAGCCAUGUAAUCAAACAAGGGAAGAUUGUGUUUGUCCUCUCCUCAGCACUCAACCCCUGGAACAAAGAGAUGGGGGAUCACCUGGCGAAACACGGCGAUGGAGUGAAGGACAUUGCGUUUGAGGUGGAAGAUUGUGACUACAUCGUGCAGAAAGCACGGGAACGGGGCGCCAAAAUCGUGCGUGAGCCCUGGGUAGAGCAAGACAAGUUUGGGAAGGUGAAGUUUGCUGUGCUGCAGACGUAUGGGGACACCACACACACCCUGGUGGAGAAGAUGAACUACACCGGCCAAUUCUUGCCUGGAUAUGAGGCCCCAGUGUUCAUGGACCCCCUACUUCCUAAACUGCCCAAAUGCAGUCUUGAGAUUAUCGACCACAUUGUGGGAAACCAGCCUGAUCAGGAGAUGGUGUCCGCCUCCGAAUGGUACCUGAAAAACCUGCAGUUCCACCGCUUCUGGUCUGUGGAUGACACGCAGGUGCACACAGAAUAUAGCUCUCUGCGAUCCAUUGUGGUGGCUAACUAUGAAGAGUCCAUCAAGAUGCCCAUCAAUGAGCCAGCGCCUGGCAAGAAGAAGUCCCAGAUUCAGGAAUAUGUGGACUACAACGGGGGCGCUGGGGUCCAGCACAUCGCCCUCAACACCCAGGACAUCAUCACAGCGAUUCGCCACUUGAGAGAGAGAGGCAUGGAGUUCUUAUCUGUUCCCUCCACGUACUACAAACAACUGCGGGAGAAGCUGAAGACGGCCAAGAUCAAGGUGAAGGAGAACAUUGAUGUCCUGGAGGAGCUGAAAAUCCUGGUGGACUACGACGAGAAAGGCUACCUGCUGCAGAUCUUCACCAAACCGGUGCAGGACCGGCCCACGCUCUUCCUGGAAGUCAUCCAGCGCCACAACCACCAGGGUUUUGGAGCCGGCAACUUCAACUCACUUUUCAAGGCUUUCGAGGAGGAGCAGAACCUGCGGGGCAACCUCUCCGACUUGGAGACCAAUGGGGUGGUGCCCGGCAUGUAAGCCCCGCCCACCGCCCGCCCCACGGAGGCCCCGCCCACCCGCAGACAUAGCCACGCCCUCUGAUUCUGGAACUCGCCCAACUUCCCUACUGGCUGCUCCCCUUGGGUCCCGCCCACCAGUAGACUCGGCCCCCAAGGCUCCGCCCACCAUGACCACACCCCUCGGCGGGCCGCCCUCUGCUACAGCCCUCCGGAUUAAAGCAUGCCCGGGUCCAA